AUGCACUCGUCGAUCGUCGACGCCGUGGCGGGAUAUCGGUAUCUAAGUUUCAUGGACGCCUACUCCGGUUACAAUCAGAUACCGAUGCACCGUCCUGACGAAGACAAGACGGCAUUCAUAACGCCAGGAGGAACUUUCUGCUAUAAGGUAAUGCCAUUCGGCUUGAAAAAUGCGGGGGCAACAUAUCAAAGGCUGAUGAACAGGAUAUUCCACGACCUCAUAGGGAAAACAGUUGAAGUCUACAUGGACGACAUCCUGGCAAAAACAAAGCGACCUGACGAUCUCUUGAGCGACCUGGCGAGUGUAUUCGCGUCCUUCCGUCAACACGCACCACCCGUUCUCGGGAAGCCAAAAAACGGGGAACCACUAUACCUAUAUCUCGCCAUAACGAGUGAAGCCCUGGCCGCAGUUCUGGUACGGGAGGACGGAAAAGCUCAACAGCCAGUCUAUUUCAUAAGCAGGGCCUUGCAAGGGGCAGAAUUGAGGUAUAGCAAGUUGGAAAAGCUAGCCUUAGCACUCUUAACUUCCUCACGAAGGUUAAAGCAGUACUUCCAGAGUCAUCAAGUUGUCGUCAGAACGGACCAAGGGAUCCGGCAAGUACUCCAAAAACCCGAUUUGGCGGGAAGAAUGAUGACUUGGUCCAUCGAACUCUCCCAGUAUGACAUACGAUACGAACCCCGGCAAGCCAUCAAGGCGCAGGCGAUGGCGGAUUUUCUAGUAGAAGUAACGGGAGAUCCAAGCGAAGAAGUGGGUACACGGUGGAAGCUCCAUGUGGACGGAGCCUCCAACCAGACCUUCGGAUGUGCCGGGAUCAUCCUGGAAAGCCCGAUUGGGGUUGUAUACGAACAGUCGGUCAGAUUCGAGUUUCCCGUCUCGAACAACCAGGCAGAAUAUGAAGCCCUUAUAGGAGGCUUAACCCUAGCGGCAGAAGUCGGCGCAAGAAGACUAGAAAUAUGCAGCGAUUCCCAAGUCGUCACCUCCCAAGUAAACGGUAGCUACCAAGCUAAAGACCCUCUGCUACAGAAAUACUUGGAAAAGGUUAAAAGCUUGAGCCAAAAGUUCGAAGAGGUCACGGUCUACCACGUACCUAGAGAAAGGAACACACGGGCAGACCUCCUAUCAAAGUUAGCUAGCACAAAGCUAGGAGAAGGGAACCGGUCUCUCAUCCAGGGCAUGACAAGAGAACCAGCAAUCACACUGCACAUAACAAGCCUAGGUUCUUCAUGGCUAGACCCCAUCACCGACUUCCUAGAACACGACAAACUCCCUACUGAUGAAAAGGAUGCGGCGAAAUUGAGAAGGGAAGCGGCCAAAUACGCCGUCAUCCAGGGACAGCUGUUCAGGAAAGGGUUCAACCAACCCCUACUGAAGUGCCUACACCCCGACCAGACGGACUACGUCCUCAGGGAAGUCCAUGAGGGCUGCUAUGGGCACCACAUUGGAGGCAAGGCCCUAGCGAGGAAACUAAUCCGAGCCGGAUACUAUUGGCCGUCGAUGAUGGCAGAUUCCAAGGAGUUUGUCAAAAAAUGCGUGAUAACGCGAUUCGGGAUACCGGAAGUCAUCAUCUCGGACAACGGCACGCAGUUUACUGACAAAAAAUUCACGGAAUUCCUCCACGGCCUGGGUAUAAGGCAAAGGUUCUCUUCGGUAGAACACCCUCAGACGAACGGACAAGUGGAGUCCGCCAACAAGGUUAUCCUUUCAGGGCUAAAAAAGAGGUUGGACAAUAAAAAGGGUGCUUGGGCCGACGAGCUAGCAGCGGUUCUCUGGUCCUACCGAACAACAGAACAAUCCUCCACUAAGGAGACUCCCUUCCGACUAACGUACGGGGUGGAUGCAGUAAUACCCGUAGAGAUCGGUGAGCCGAGCCCACGGUUGCUUUUGAAAGGAGUGGAGGAAACCGUAGAAAAAGACCUGAUAGAUGAAGCCAGGGAAAUGGCCCAUUUGACAGAAACGGCGCUAAAACAAAGAAUGGCUCUGCGCUACAACACCAAAGUGCUCAAGAGGGAAUUCGAGCAAAACGACCUCGUCCUGAGGCGAAAUGAUAUCGGCCUACCCACCCCCGGAGAAGGAAAGCUAGCGGCGAAUUGGGAAGGCCCUUACAGAGUCAAAAAAGUGAUGGGAAAAGGAGCCUUCAAGUUAGAAAGGCUUGACGGCAAGGAAGUCCCGAGAACAUGGAACGCGGACAACCUAAGAAGAUUCUACUCCUAG